AGGGUGGGCCAGGCGCGCGUGCCCUGUGGUCGGUUGUUACCACCCUGGGCACAAAGCCCCCCCCCCCUUUCCCUUUCAACACAGAUGUCAGUUUGUACCGGGGCAGAGCUGUUGUCUGGAGAGUUUGCUGGCAUCUUCCAAAGAGGUCUAGGAAACUCGGAAUUUACAACUUUCUCAGGCAAAUAGAUUCUCACCUUCCAGCUUGCCACCCCAAAGCCAAGCCACCCAGUAAGACCACUUCCAUCAGCCUCAGCAGCUUUCAGAUCAUCCUUAAGAGCAAAGUAUAUUCACAUCAGGCCACAAUGCAUACAAUUCAGGACUUACCUUCAGAAUGAUGAAAGCACAGAGGGGAUAACAGACCCUACAGCCCAACUGGAGGUACUGAAUUUUUCAUAUGUAAGUUGGAAGCUAAAUCAAUCACAAAAAUGAAAUGUGCAAAGCUUCCAUCAACCAUUAGUAUGAAAUUGACAAGUGCUCCAGAAUUACCUUUUAAGAAAGGACUGCUGAAUUCAUCACCUAAGCCAAAAGAAAAACAUAAUGCCAAGUCAAAGUAUGGUAAAAAUGAACCAAUGGUCCUGAGGUCUCCACCCACAGGAGAGUCAAUUGUACGAUUUGCCUUGCCAAUACCAUCGAGUAAAACGAAGGACAAAAUAUCAGCUGAGGAAGUGGUCAGGAGGAUUACCACAAAUCUGAGGAAGGUUGUUUCUAACUUGGAAGACACCUAUGGACCUUGCUAUGAUGAUGGAGAAAAAGCACCAAAAAAAAGUGAAGCAGAAGGCUUGUCU